AUGUCUGAUACCAGGUUAGACUCGGACGAACACAGUUUUGCCGAGUCAGUGGAAGAUAGACAAGAAUUACUAGACGAUAAGCCUUCGAGGCACACAAAACGCCGUGCCAAUGUCUAUGAUGCGGUAGCUGGUCGCGUCAAUGCGCGCGGUCUCAACGCACCCCGUCAACUUGCUUCUCAAUACCGCGACACAAACUCGGCAGGAGCUCGAAGUUUGCGUCCAGAGGAGCUUCUAUAUCGCAGGCAGAACAUUCCGGCGGAAUCAAUCGACGAGAGAACCUACUUCGCUCAUGAGCAUCUUCCUUCUGGCCAAGCUCUCCCGCAUUCCGACCUUCUUGAGACGCUACAUGCCUAUGCGGCCGACUACUACGAAUAUGCCACAGCGGACAACGGCAAAGAUGACCUCCAGACCAUGGACGAGACAGCACUUCUUGCAAUGGGAAUUUUGAUCGAAGAGAUGGUCAAGGAGGAACUGGGUGAAACCGGGGAUCUGGCCCUGACUGAAGGACAAGAGCUGCCGGAGGAAGAGGAUGAUAAGACAGGCCUCGAGAGUGACACGACAACUAAGUCAGCAGUACGAGCAGCACGAAGGAAACGAACAAACAGCAUUGUCCAGCAGAGCUCAAAACGGCGCAAAUUGUCACGUUCUGUUUCUGUUACAACAGAUUUCGAUACCGAGGUUGACGAAAGGCGAUGA